CUUUUAUAACGGAUUUCUUCUGGGGAAUAGCCGAGUUUGUGGUUUUGUUGCCACCAGGAAACCCCCCGAGAAGAAUGGGUCGAAUUAAUCAUCUGCGUGGCCCUAAUCCUCCUCCAAUGGCCGGUGGAUGAGGAAGGUAAAUGUCUGCUCUAAGAAGCAGACAACUGGACAAGCACAUUCAUAGCAGAAGGAAACCAUCAAGAAAUGGAGUGUUGACCACACUGGACAAGUUAGAUGAAUGUGUACUCUAAACAAGGAUUGCUCUGUGUCCUCACAGAUGAAUGAGGUCGUGCUGGGAAUUCCCCCCCGCAGGGAUCUGGCAUGACUGAUAGGCAGUUCUAUAAAUGCACAUGUUUGUCUCAUCUUUUUUGUAUCGUUUAUGAAAGUAUUAAUAUAGUUUUAAUAAGUAAAUAUUUUUAGGUUACAAGACUGACUUCUCAUCUUUAUAUAAUUAAAACACAGAAGGCUCCAAAUUUGAAAAUAAAUGGCUGCAUAUUGAGUACUAUUAGUGUCACCUUUUUCAACUUCUGAAAUACUGUUCAUUGCUUUUGUUGUUCUUUAUAAAUAAAUCAGUGUAUUUCAGUAGUAUGCAUAUGAUAUCUGUGCUCUUGAAUUAAUUUUUAUCUUAAAGCCUAUUUGUCCCAUGGAUCUUUAAUACAUGUGUCUUACUUGCUACCAGAUGUAAUUAUCAGGGUAUUUGUAAAGCCAUAACCAACAAGCCUGAGCUACAAAAUGUAGAUUUGCUAGGUGGUCUUUAAAAUCGAGGACUUCAAUGCUAUCUUUACCAAUUUUAAUUCUAAACCAUUGCUUAAGAUACUGCCUGUUGGCUUUAACCCCAUCUGAAUGCUGGUAACUCUCAUUCUUUCACUAGAAUGAAAGCUCUAUGAGGUUACGGAUUUUGUCUUCUUUACCCCAGUGCUUUGAAUAGUGACUACGUGUAAUAGGCACUGAAAUAUUUAUGGAAAAAAUGAAUAAUACAGAUAAUUCUACUUUGUGUUUAACAGUCUUUGAAACCAAAGUGUUCAGUAAAAUCACUUUUAUGUCCGUUUAUAAGUAUUUAUUCAACUCUGUUUGCCAGGAAAUGGGGAUGUAGUGGCAUUAAUAAACACUGGUCUGUAUGAAAACCAGACUACAGGCGGACAAGACUGGAAGCAGGGAGUUGGGUUUAGAGGAUGUUGUGGUGGUCCUGGUGAGAUCGGACCAGGUAGUGGCAGUAGGAGUGGAGAAGUGGAUGCAUUCAAGGCAUAUUUGAGGGACUGCGGGAUUUGCUGAUGGAUUUGGAUGUAGAAGAUGUGGACAAUUGAAGAAACAAGUGAAACAAGAUGGUGAAAAUGGGAGUAGAUUUUUGGGGGGGAGGCGGGGAUCGAGUUACAUUUUGGAUAUAUUUAAGUUUACAAUGCCUUGUAGACAUCUAAGUGGAGAUACUAAAUAAGCAGUUGGUUAUCAGGGCGAGAUCCAAACUGGAAAUACAUAUUUGGGAGUUAUCUUCAUAUUUAAAGCCAUGAAACUGGAUAAAGUCAUCCAAGGAGUGUGAAGAGAGAAGACCUAACUCCAGAGAAUCCUAACAUCAGAGGCCCGACUGAGCAUGGCCAGUGAAGUACGAGGAGAACUAGAAUUACGUAUGGUGUCUGAGAAGCCAGAAAAGACAGGUGUGAUGACGAAAUGAGACACCAGUUAUCAGCUGCUCCACAGCAAGCACGGAAAACAAAACACAAGUAGGUUGCGGGCAUGCUGCAGCCAGGACCAAUCACAGCAACAUCCAGCCAGUGCAGCCUCCCACCUUACCCUCCUCCGGGCAGCUCCGCCCUUCCGCUUUCCCGGAAUGCUCUGGGCCGACUCCCGGCGGCCAUCUUGGUUGUGGGCAGUCGGCCGAGAGGUUGCGCCUGUUCCGAGGCCUGUUCUCUGGUGGUCGCGUUGCGUCGUUGAGGCUAGAGGCUGGAGGGGCGUCGGCGGCCGAGAUGACCCAGGCCGAGAAGGGGGACACGGAGAAUGGGAAAGAGAAGGGCGGGGAGAAGGAGAAGGAGCAGCGCGGCGUGAAGCGACCCAUCGUGCCCGCGCUAGUGCCGGAGUCGCUGCAGGAGCAAAUCCAGAGCAACUUCAUCGUUGUCAUACAUCCAGGUUCAACAACUCUGAGAAUCGGUCGAGCCACAGACACACUUCCUGCCAGCAUUCCUCAUGUUAUUGCACGAAGACACAAACAACAAGGGCAGCCCCUGUACAAAGACAACUGGCUCCUAAGGGAGGGACUAAAUAAACCUGAAAGUAAUGAACAAAGACAAAAUGGCCUUAAAAUGGUGGAUCAAGCAAUAUGGUCUAAAAAGAUGUCAAAUGGUACAAGACGGAUUCCUGUGUCCCCUGAGCAGGCACGUUCCUACAACAAGCAGAUGCGACCUGCGAUUUUAGAUCAUUGCUCCGGAAAUAAGUGGACAAACACAUCUCAUCACCCUGAGUUUUUGGUAGGAGAAGAGGCCCUGUAUGUUAAUCCUCUGGACUGUUACAAUAUUCACUGGCCUAUCAGAAGAGGUCAGUUAAAUAUUCACCCAGGACCUGGGGGCUCCCUUACAGCUGUUCUGGCAGAUAUUGAAGUAAUAUGGUCUCAUGCGAUACAAAAAUACUUGGAAAUCCCACUGAAAGAUUUAAAGUAUUAUAGAUGUAUCUUGUUAAUUCCUGAUAUCUAUAAUAAACAGCAUGUGAAAGAAUUAGUGAAUAUGAUCCUAAUGAAGAUGGGGUUUUCAGGGAUCGUGGUCCAUCAGGAGUCUGUGUGCGCCACCUAUGGAAGUGGUUUAAGCAGCACGUGUAUUGUAGAUGUUGGAGACCAAAAGACAAGCGUGUGCUGUGUGGAGGAUGGGGUCUCUCAUCGGAACACUCGGCUCUGUCUGGCAUAUGGUGGAUCUGAUGUGUCAAGAUGUUUUUACUGGCUGAUGCAGCGAGCUGGGUUCCCUUACAGAGAAUGCCAGUUAACAAAUAAAAUGGAUUGCCUUCUUCUGCAGCACCUUAAAGAAACUUUUUGUCAUUUAGAUCAGGACAUCUCUGGGCUUCAGGACCAUGAGUUUCAGAUUCGACAUCCAGAUUCCCCUGCCCUUCUUUACCAGUUUCGAUUAGGAGAUGAAAAACUCCAGGCUCCGAUGGCUUUGUUUUAUCCAGCAACUUUUGGAAUCGUUGGACAGAAAAUGACAACUUUGCAGCACAGGUCCCAGGGUGACCCUGAGGAUCCUCAUGAUGAGCAUUACCUGCUGGCCACACAAAGCAAGCAAGAACAGUCUGCAAAAGCUACUGCUGACCGAAAGUCUGCAUCCAAACCCAUUGGAUUUGAGGGGGAUCUUCGUGGCCAGUCCUCUGAUCUUCCAGAAAGACUGCAUUCCCAGGAGGUGGAUUUGGGAUCCUCCCAGGGAGACUGCUUGAUGGCUGGCAAUGAUUCUGAGGAAGCUCUCACUGCACUGAUGUCCCGGAAGACUGCCAUCUCGCUGUUUGAAGGGAAAGCCCUGGGCCUGGAUAAAGCCAUCCUCCAUAGCAUAGACUGUUGUUCGUCUGAUGAAGCCAAAAAGAAGAUGUACAGCUCCAUCCUGGUGGUGGGAGGUGGUUUGAUGUUUCAUAAAGCUCAAGAAUUUCUGCAGCACAGAAUUCUCAAUAAGAUGCCACCUUCAUUCAGGCGAAUUAUUGAAAAUGUGGAUGUGAUCACAAGGCCCAAGGACAUGGAUCCCCGGCUGAUUGCAUGGAAAGGAGGGGCAGUGUUGGCUUGUUUAGAUACGACACAGGAGCUGUGGAUUUAUCAGAGAGAAUGGCAGCGCUUUGGUGUUCGCAUGCUACGAGAGCGAGCUGCUUUUGUGUGGUGAAAUGGACAGAAAAGCCACUGUUGAAGACCAACACAUAACCUUGUGGUAUAAGACUCUUAUAGAACAUUUAUAUUCUAAUUUAUUGACCUAGGUGCUUAAGUUUUAUGAAAUAAAUGAAUUUUAACUUUUAUGUUGAGGACAUGACAUUGGUGUAAAAAAUAAGCUGCUUUUGUAGUCAGGACAUUUGAGAAUAAAUACGAACUUAGUCUUCAGUGGUAAACUCUCCUGCCCCUUCUUCAGGGUCUCUAACUCCCGAUGAUCUAAAUUGUUGCAGUAGAAUGGUUCUCAGGUGGUGAAGCCCUUCAUUUAGGUUGGCUUCUGAGAGUCAUCAGGCAGUCUUACAUAACCAUGAAGGGUGGGUGUGUGACUGUGUACGUGAAUUGUGAGAAAUGUCUGGUCACGCAUUUUCCCUCUUAUCUAGUACAGCAAGCACAUAUGUCAUGACUUGUGUAUGCUGCUACAAUUCCAAAUAGGAAAGAAAGUUUUUUGUUUUUUUAAAAUUUUCUCCUGUAUUACAAAAAAUAUUGGGGCACAUUCAGGUCUAGAUUUCGAGAGGCAAAGAUUUAAGGCUGGGCUGGCUGGCUUUUGUUACUGACAUAAUCUAGGGUGGGCUUGGGGAAGGAAAACAGUCAUUGACCAAAACAGAACAGAAAUGAAAACUCAUUUGCUUCCUAAAGCCAGAUAGAAAUGAUUUAGGUUAAUGAUUUUCUAAUGUGUCGUACAGAUAAACAAGGAGACUGCUGUAAUUUCUAACUUAAGCAUCAGGUCCCCAAUUUUCCUUUACCUGAAAAAUGAAGUGAAAGUUCUUGGAGUACUUUUUGUUCAGUAUGAUCAGUUGACCUUAAUCUGUGAGCAGUCUGAACCAACGUUUAAAUACAGACAGCUAUUACCAUCAGUGGUCCAGGCCUUGGUGCAGCCUUCUGAGCCCCGGCAGAGGAAGGGAAGCAGGUUUGGAGACUGGAGCCAGCCAGCACAGCCUAUGAGCUCAGAGACCUGGGAGGGUGGGGAGGAUGCCUGAUUCCUGCCACUCCCUGCCAGGGACCAUCUCGCUCCCCUAGAACUGAGGGUGGGAGUGGGGCUGGGGGAAAGACAAAAGUAGAUGCAGAUAAGAGAUGCAGGUAAGUGGAAUAUAGAAACAGUAAGGACGGUUGGGGGGGACUUCCCUGGAAGUCCAGUGGUUAGGACUCGGCACUUUCACUGCUGUGGCCCCGGGUUCAAUCCCUGGUUGGGGAACUAAGACCCCACAAGCUGCACAGCAUGGCCAAAAAAAAAAAAAGGAUGGUUGGAAGUUUUAGGACUUGGAGAAAUGCUGUUACUAGAGCAUUUUAAAUAAAUAGGAUUAUUUUGCGUAUCUGCUCAGUAGGUUGGAAACAAAGAAAAGUCUGCCAGUAUUACAAAAUUUUAAUUUGCUAGUAUUAUUUGGGAUGUUUGCCUUAAAUUUGAAAAUUGUAUGCUUUUAUUUUUUCAGUUUUUUAACAAAAUAAUUAAAUUUAUACAAUACUGGU